UCAUCAUCUUCCGACAUAAGACUUCGAUAAGCAAAUGGAGAUACUUUCUCAACGAUCAUCAACUUUCUCAACUUUGAAUCCCAACGCUCCGAUGUUCGUUCCUUUGGUGUAUCGGACGGUCGAGGAUUUCUCCGAUCAAUGGUGGGCCCUCGUCCAAUCCUCCCCGUCUUUCCGCGACUACUGGCUUCAAGAACGUUUCCACGAUCCCCAGAACGGCGAAAUCUACCACGACGAUCUUGUAUUUCCCGACGAUCUCGAUGCGGUCUUUGACGAAUACUACGACUCCUUCGUCAACCCUACACAUGAAGAGAAGGAAGAAGGUGGUGAAAAGGGGUUGGUCUCCGUUGGAGCAUUCAAGUGGCGGAAGGGCCGAGUUGUGAGUGAGUCACCAAGGGUUCGCGAGAAAGCACCUAAGAUCGUAAACGUGAGAGUGAGUCCGAGGACGAUUCACCAACCGAGGUAGAUGGAUUACAUGGGAGGUCUCCUCGAACCGAAAA